UCUGGAAGUUCCUGUUUGUUUACAACAGACUGCAACUUUCUUGUACAAUUCUACAAAAGUCAACUAUGCGGGAACCUCUGCGGGACCUUAGGUAACGUUCUCUGGAGGUUCCCUGAAGGUUCCUGUUGGUUCGGUCGCCCCCUGCUGGACGUUGCGACUCCUUCCCCUGGCUCACAGAACAAGUUGUCAUGGCAACUGUACAGCAUGUGCUCACAAAAACAAGAGCUUGACCGUUUCACCGACACUUCUACCUCCACUCGACAUCCACGACGCCAUCUUCGUCUUCUUCCUUUUAUUCUUCUGCUUCGUCUCCCAGCGUUUACCGGAGAGACAGACGCGAGGGAAGCCGAGGAAGGUGAGCGAUGAGCGGAGCCAAAGCCCGCAGCGACGCGCCUGUUGCUGAAAAUGUCUCCGGCGGCGGCGGCGGCGGCGGCGGCGGGCACGGCACUGCGGCUCCUCCACGGGACCGCAAGCCCGGUGGAGGGGUUCUGAAGAGGCUCAAGUCCCGGAGGAGCCAGGUGGACAGCAGGCCGGUGACGGAGGACGACCUGCGGACACAGAGCGGACACAUCACGCCGGAGGAUGUGCUCGGACUGAGAGUAGCUACCCGAGGGUACCUCUGUAAACCUGAGGAAAAUAUUUAUAACAUCGACUUUGUUCGCUUUAAAAUCAGAGACCUGGAGACUGACACGGUCCUAUUUGAGAUUGCCAAACCACCACAUACAGAUGAUGAUGAGGAGAACAGAGAGGCAGAUGCCAGUGCAGGUAGAUUUGUACGCUACCAGUUCACUCCAGCCUUCCUGCGGCUGCGGACUGUGGGAGCUACGGUGGAAUUCACAGUUGGCAACCGGCCUCUAAACAAUUUCCGCAUGAUCGAGAGGCACUACUUCCGUGAUCACCUGCUGAAGAGCUUCGACUUUGACUUUGGCUUCUGUAUCCCAAACAGCCGAAAUACCUGUGAACAUAUCUAUGAGUUUCCUCAGCUGUCUGAGAGCCUCGUCCGUCAGAUGGUGGAGUGUCCUUAUGAGACCCGGUCAGACAGCUUCUACUUCGUGGAGAACAGACUGGUCAUGCACAACAAGGCAGACUAUGCUUAUAACGGAGGACAGUGAUAUCAGCCUGCUCACACACGCACACACACACACACACACACACACACACAGACGCGCAUACACUCAUGUAUUCUCUCACUUAUUGCUCUACACGGACACACAUGCUUACAGCUCAAACACUCAUGCACACACACGCAACUGCAGUCACAGUUAAGUUGCCUCUUUAGUUUGUAAGGAUGAAUUGGCAUUAAUUGCAACCAUUUUCAGGUGAUUUGUUUUAUAUUGAUGUAGGUUUGUGUCAGUCUCUGACAUACAAAUAGGAAGCUGCUGUUGGAAGGAGGCUUGAAAUCAGUUAAUUUAUCUUGCUUUUAUUUGUCGAUAGAUCUCUUUGCUACCAAAAGAGGACUCAUAGCUAGUAGCCAUGGAACAUGUGUCUCAAACAGACCAAAUGGCUGUCAGAUAGAUGGUUAGUCUCCUCUUUGCAAAGUGUCCUACCACCCAUUCAACACACACACACACACACACACACACACACACACACACACACACACACACACACACACACACACACACACACACACUCAAUCCCCAAGUGACACACAUAGUGUUUACGCAGUGUUUGUCAGAAGCAGCUGUUCUCAGAGCUACCGCCUCCACAAUCCACUCCAGACAAUAUCGGGGGAGAAAGAGAGAAUCCAUCCACAAAAACACUCCUGUCAAACACACAUGGUCACUCCUCACUUUUGCAGCCCCCUCCCCACCUCCCCCUCCUCCCUCGCUUUCAUACCCAAAGAAACACAUCAACAAUAGCACCGUAUAAGAGUUUGAUCCGAGGCCUCUGAGAUCAUCGCUGUUUUUUUUUUUUUUUAUUUUACAGUUUUGUCUGGUGGAUAGUGAAGUGAAAAAAAUCAGGUUACAGCCAUUUAUAAUGUAAUUAUGACCAUCCACUGCAAGCCGACAAAAGAUGGUAACCCCAUCUAAUGAGCAGUUUUUAAAAAAUCAAGUCGAUAAUCCUCAUGAAUUCUGAGAGAGGCAGAAAUGAUCUAAUAUCAUGAUGCAUGUUAUGGUAAUAAUAGAUUCAAUGUGGAUAAAAAGAAAAGUAUUUGGGCUCCUGUAUUUUAAUGUGACAUCACACAUUUGUCUUUCCCAUCUCGGUUUAUUUAGCUGAUUUCUUUCAAUCCUUACCUCAUGACACACGUCUAAAAGCAUUAGAAUCAAGUUGGAAUAUGUGUGGAAACUGAGUGAUCUUCCUUCUAGGUAAUGUACCUCCUCUUUGUACUUUGUAAACUUUUAAAGGUGGUGUUUGUAAAAUAUAUACAUAUACAUAUACAUAUAUAUAUAUAUAUAGUUUGUAAAAAUUGAAAUGAGAAAAUAAAUGGACAUUUUGGGAUAUAAAA